CUACCACCAUCUCCCUCUCGCCUGUGCUCCCCCUCUGGCACGCGAACAUGACGACCACACAAUUUGACGGGAUCUACCACGGACUCUCCCCAGAAGUCGGCAAGUUCCGUAUCGCGGUCAGCGGUAUGGCGUGGAAGGCCGAGGAGGGGGACCAGAUGGUUGCGAUGCAGGCCUCGGACAUCAAAUGGGCACAGUGGAUUCGCGUCGCGCGGAACUACCAGCUCAGGGUGGGCUUGAAGGACCGUUCAAAAGAGACUUUCGACGGCUUUGUUCGCGAGGACCACGACCGCCUCGCACAUCUGCUCAAACAACACUUCAGCAUCACACUUGAGACGAAGGAAGUGUCAUUCAAGGGUUGGAACUGGGGCGUGACAGACUUCCAGGGCCAAGAGCUUGCGUUCCUUGUGUCGAAUAAGACCGCCUUUGAGCUCCCACUGACGCAAGUAGCUAACUCCAACAUCGCUGGUCGUACCGAGGUAUCUCUGGAAUUUGCCACACAAAACCGGAAACCAUCCAGAAAUGCUCCCGAUGAGAUGGUCGAGAUCCGCUUCUAUGUCCCAGGCACUCAGACAAAGUCCCGUGGUUCCGACUCUGGCUCACAAAAGUCCGAUGUGGAGGAAGAUGGCGAGGAGAUCAGUGCCGCACAAGCCUUCCAUGACCUCGUAAAAGAGAAGGCCGAGCUCGGACAGGUCUCCGGUGACAUCAUCCUCAGCUUCGACGAGGUCAACGUCCUCACGCCAAGAGGUCGAUAUGAUGUCGAUAUGUAUCCCGACUUUUUGCGCUUGCGCGGAAGAACGUACGACUACAAGAUUAUAUACAGCAGCAUCUCCAAAUUGUUCUUGCUUCCCAAGGACGACCUCCAUGUUCUCUUCAUCCUCGGGCUCAGCAUCCCCAUACGUCAAGGUCAAACGAGAUAUCAAUAUCUUGUUAUGCAAUUCAAUCGUGAGGAGGAGAUCACUGCGGAGCUGAAUAUGGCGGAGGAGGAGAUCGCGAAGUACGACAGACUGAAGAAGAACUACGAGGAUCCCACCUACGAGGUCGUUUCUGGCGUCUUCCGCGCACUUUCCAAGAAGAAGAUCAUCGGCGCCGGCAACUUCCAAAGCCGUGACGGCCACCCGUCCGUGAAGGCAAACCUCAAGGCUGUCCAAGGCGACCUCUUCCUGCUCGAGAAAUACGUCUUCUUCGUCUCGAAGCAACCGACGCUCAUCGAGCUCUCGGACAUCCACCAGGUCGUGUUCUCUCGCCUCGGCACAAGCAUGGGUGCAAACGCGGCGCGCACGUUUGACAUGAAGAUUGUCACUAAGAGCGGGUCCGACCUCACCUUCACGAGCGUCAACAAGGAGGAGCACGAGGUCGUGAGCGCGUACCUCCAGGACAAGAAGGUGAAGACGAAGAACGAGAUGAUGGAGGGCGAGCUCGCGAUUGGGGUCGAUGACGAGGACGAGGAGAUGCAGAGCGUCGCGAGCUCGGGAGAAGAAGUGCCCAAGCCGCGGCGCGGGGGUGACGACGAUGAUAGCGAGGAUGACGAGGAUUUCGAGGCGUCGGAUUCUGAUUCGGGUUCACCUACCGAGUCAGACUCAGACUCGGAGGGCGGCCAGACUGCGUCGGACGCGAGCGGCGAUCGCGACUUCCUACAGGCGGCCAAGGGCAAGGGCAAGGGGAAAGCGAAGGCGGCACCUAAGAAGAAGGCCCCUGCGAAGAAGGGCAAGGCGAACGAAAGCGACGCGGAGGAGGACGAGGACAAUCAACCGAAGAAGGCCGCAUCGAAGCCGAAGGCUAAGCCGAAGCCGAAGACCAAGACCAAGGACGAUGAUGCAAUGGACGUGGACGAGGAUGAGAAGCCCAAGCCCAAGCCAAAACCCAAACCCAAGGCGAAGAAAGACGAUGCGGAGGAGGGCCCGGCGAAGAAGAAGCUGAAGACAACCGCAGAUUAACCGACCCCUCGUCGCUUGUACCUCCCUGCGCCAUGAACCGGUGGCUUUGUGCGAGUCGCUCCUCUGCCACACCGACUCGUGGUUUGUUGUUCACAUCGCGCGGUGUGGAUCGUCUCUUCUCCUGUCUCUUUAACUUACUCACCGCUUGCACUCUUGCACCAUUGUAAAUUACCGUAUUGUCGUCCAUGCUAUCUCAAC